AUGGAGGAGUCUCUGUACGACGAGUUCGGCAACUACAUCGGCCCGGAGCUGCGCAGCAGCGAGGACGACAAUGACGGCGACGUGGACGACGCCGGACGGCACGUGGACACUUUGACGCUGCAGGACGCGCACAUGGAGGACGGCGAGUCCGCCAUCGUCCUCCACGAGGACAAGCAGUACUACCCGGAGGCCAGCGAGGUCUUCGGGGACGCCGAGACGCUCGUGAUGGAGGAGGACGCGCAGACCAUCGAGACGCCCAUCAUCGAGCCCGUCAAGACCAAAUCCUUCUCGGUGCUGGAGCAGAAAGUGCCCCAAACGACCUACUCGACCCAGUUCCUCGCCAGCCUCAUGGACCACCCGCAGCUCGUGCGCCACGUCGCAAUCGUUGGAGACCUCCACCACGGCAAGACGCUGUUCACGGACCUGCUGGUGCAGCAGACGCACGUGGACAGGUGGGACCCCGCCACGGAGAAGCGCUACACGGACACGAGGAAGGACGAGCAGGAGCGCAAGCUCAGCAUCAAGAGCGCGCCCGUGUCGCUCGUGCUGCCCACGGCCAGGGGCAAGCACUACCUGCUCAAUGUGCUGGACUGUCCGGGUCACGUCAACUUCUCGGAUGAGACGACGGCGGCGCUGCAGGUCGCGGACGGAGCGGUGCUGGUCGUGGACGCCAUUGAAGGCGUCAUGAUGAACACGGAGAGGUUGGUGAAGGCGGCGUUGCGCGCGAAUGUGGCGAUUGUGUUGGUGGUGAACAAGGUGGAUCGGCUGAUUAUUGAGCUCAAGCUGCCGCCGGCCGACGCGUACUUCAAGCUGCUGCACACGAUCGAGGAGGUGAACGCCAUCAUCGACGCCAACACGCCGGCGAACCAGGAGAAGCAGCGGUUGUCGCCGGAAGUGGGCAAUGUGUGCUUUGCGUCCGGUCAGCAUGGAUGGAGCUUUACCCUGGAGUCGUUCGCGCAGAUCUACGCAGAUACGUACCCGGGUGUUCCGCCGUCGGCUUUGGCUGCGCGCUUCUGGGGCGACAAGUAUUUCAACCCGCAGACGCGCACGUUCACCAAAAAAUCGCCGUACCCUGGUGCUCUGCGGUCGUUCAUCCAGUUCGUCCUUGAGCCGCUCUACAAAAUGUACUCGAAGGUGCUGAACGGUGAUCCGAAGGAGCUGUCGGCGUCGCUGCGUGCCUUGGGUCUGCGCUUGAGGAAGGAGGAACUGAACCUGAAUCCGCGCCCGCUGCUGAAGCUGGUGCUGGGCAAGUUCUUCGGCAACGUCACGACUGGAUUCAUGGACAUGGUGGUGAACCACGUCCCGUCGCCGCUUGUGACGGCGAAGACCAAGCUGGAGAAUAUUUACACAGGCAACCAAUCGUCCGAAUUGAGCAUCGUUCGCGGCAUCCAGAACUGCGACCCCAAGGCGCCGUUGAUGGUCAACAUUGUGAAGCUGUACUCGUCGCCUGACGGCACCACGUUCAGUGCGUUCGGCCGUGUGUACUCGGGUGAAGUCCGUGAUAACCAGGAUGUGAAGGUGCUGGGAGAAGCCUACAGCGCUGAAGACGACGAGGACAUGUGCACGCGGAGUAUCGAGAGCGUCUGCAUUGCGCAGGGACGCUACAAAAUCCAGGUCAACCGCAUCCCGGCAGGUAACUGGGUGAUGCUCGAGGGCGUCGACGCGUCGAUUACGAAGAGCGCCACGAUCACAGACGCCGACGAGGACCUUCUGCAGGACGAGGAGGUCGGCAUCUUCCGACCCAUUAACAUCGCAUUUGGCACCACGUCCGUGAUGAAGCUGGCUGUCGAGCCGCUGAACCCGGCGGAGCUGCCCAAGAUGCUCGAGGGUCUGCGUAAAAUCAGCAAAAGUUACCCGCUUGUGCGGACGAAGGUGGAGGAGAGCGGUGAACACGUGAUCCUCUGCACCGGCGAGCUGGCUGCCGACUGCAUCCUUCACGACCUGCGGAGAAUGUACUCGGAAAUUGAAAUCAAGGUGGCAGACCCCGUCGUCGCCUUCUCCGAGACUGUGGCUGAGACGUCUUCUGUACAGUGCUUUGCGGAGACGCCCAACCAGAAGAACAAGAUCAUCAUGAUUUCCGAGCCGCUGGACGCGAGUCUCGCACAAGAUAUCGAAGCGGGUGCUAUCAAACUGGACAUGAGCAAGAAGGACGUGGCCAGCUUCUUCCAGACCAACUACAAGUGGGAUGCGCUUGCAGCUCGCUCCGUAUGGGCGUUUGGACCUGAAAGCAACGGGCCCAACGUGCUGCUUGACGACACUCUGUCCACUGAGGUGAACAAGUCGUCCCUCAACAUGAUCAAGGAUAGCAUCGUGCAGGGUUUCCAGUGGAGCUGUCGCGAGGGCCCUCUGUGUGACGAGCCGAUCCGCAACACCAAGUUCAAGAUCCUGGACGCUACGAUCGCCUCGGAGCCGAUCCACCGCGGCGGUGGCCAGGUGAUCCCGACCUCCCGCCGUGUGGCCUACUCCGCGUUCCUGACCGCCACCCCGCGCAUGCUCGAGCCCAUGUACGCGCUCGAGAUCCAGUGCCCCGCCGACACGGUGUCCUCACUGUACCAGGUGCUGAGUCGCCGCCGUGGCCACAUCACACACGACGCUCCCAAGGCUGGUUCGCCGCUGUACACGGUGCGCGGCUUCGUGCCGGUGAUCGAGUCGUUCGGCCUGGAGACGGACCUGCGCGUGUUCACACAGGGCCAAGCCUUCAUCACACAAGUGUUCGACCACUGGGCCGUGGUCCCUGGCGACCCGCUGGACACGAGCGUCGUGCUGCGUCCGCUGGAGCCCGCGCCCGUGAACGACCUGGCGCGCGAGUUCAUGGUCAAGACGCGGCGCCGCAAGGGCCUGAGCGAGGACGUGAACGUGAGCAAGUACUUUGACGAGCCCAUGCUGCGCGAGCUGGCGCGGCACGAGAUCGAGCUGCAGAACCUCAUCUAG